AUGUAUGAUGUGGUGGAUUUAACACCAACUUAUUCACCAACGUUGAAACCAAUGUUAUCUCAACAAUAUCAAACUGUACCACCAUUUAUAAUACCACCUAAUGAUCCAAACUCACCAUCUCCUCUAUCAUCUCCAUCCUUGUUAUCAUUACACCAAAUUCAAAUGCAUCAUCAACAACAAUUACAAUUACUCCAACAACAGCAACAACAACUUCAACAACAACACCAAAAUCAAGUUGUAAAUCAACCAAUACAACCAUUACAACCACAACCUUCUGCAUUCCUAUUAAAUCAUCCAAAUACCAUUACAACUCCACCACUUCAACCAAUGAUGACUCCAAAUACAAUUAUCUCUAUAAACUCAUUACCACCUACAACAACAACUACAACAACAACAACAACUACUACAACAAUACCUAAUAAUAAUAAUAAUAUUACUCUUUCACCUCAACAUCAUCAUGGUCAACAACAACACCACCAACAUCCACAUCUUAGAGUGGAUAUUUCAAAUAAUAAUAAUAGUGUAGUUGAUCAACUACCACAGCAACAACAAACCAAUGUAAAUAAUAAUAAUAAUAAUAAUAAUAAUAAUAAUAAUAACAAUAAUAGUAAUAAUAAUAAUAAUAAUAAUAACGAUUUUUCGACACCAAACUCAUUUAGUGUUCCUACAACACCUAUGGUUGCACCACAAAUGCAAUUUCCUCAACCACCACCGCCCUUGAGUGCUUUAAAUACUCCUAAUAAUUCCACAUCAAACCCAACAACUCCUAGAAAUGAAAGAGAUUUAUUAAGGAGACUGGCUGUUGCAAAUAGUAAUAAUAAUCUAAACAAUAAUUUAAAUAAUUUAAAUAAUAAUAAUAAUAAUAAUAAUAAUAAUAAUAAUAAUAAUAAUAAUAAUAAUAAUAAUAAUUCAAAUAAUAAUAAUAUAAAUAAUAAUAAUAAUAUAAAUAAUAAUAAUAAUUUAAACAAUAAUAAUUUAAAUAAUAAUAAUUUGCCAAUAAUACAACCAUUAAAUUUAAACAAUAAUAAUAAUAAUAAUAAUAAUAACAAUAAUAAUAAUAAUAAUAAUUUAAUCAACCCAUUUUUAAAUGAGGCUAUAGAUGAACAGGUUGUUCCAAAAGGUUCAACAUCACCACUUAUAACUUCAUCAAAAAAAAGAAUAAAAUUAAACGUUUAA